AUGGCUUCUUGUACUAAUUACGCCUUUCCUUUGUUCAUUGUCCAACUAGUUGUUAUUGUUCUGUCCCUUUCUUCUUCUACUUCGUUGUUCUGCGUCGGUUUGAAUGCCGUCCAUAACGUAUCGGCCGCCGGCGCCGAUUGGUCAGACGCCGGCGCCACCUGGUAUGGGCCCCCUACCGGUGCCGGUACCGAUGGUGGAGCUUGUGGGUUCGGCAGUUCGGUGAGAUCCCCGCCGUUGAACUCGAUGGUAGCCGCCGGGGGGAAUUCCCUCUUCCAAGGCGGCGAAGGAUGCGGCGCUUGUUAUGAGGUGAAAUGCACAUCCAACCCAGCCUGCUCAGGGUCUCCGGUCACCGUCGUUAUCGCCGACCAGUGCCCAGGCGGACCCUGCGACGCGGAAUCCGCCCAUUUCGACCUCAGCGGCACCGCCUUCGGCGCCAUGGCCAAACAAGGCGCCGCCGACCAACUCCGCGCCGCCGGCCAAUUGCAAAUCCAGCAUCGCAGGGUGCCGUGCUUUUACCAGGGGACGACGAUAAGCUUCGCGGUGGACGCCGGGUCGAACCAGUUCUACCUGGCGGCGGUGAUCGAGUUCGAGAACGGCGACGGCGAGCUCGGGUACGUGGAGAUGAAGCAGGCGGCGAAUUCGGACCCGUGGGUUCCCAUGCAGCGGUCGUGGGGGGCGCAGUGGAAGCUCAACUCCGGGUCGGCGCUGAGGGCGCCGCUGUCGUUCCGGCUGACGUCGGCGACGUCGAAGAGGAGCGUGGUGGCGGAGAAUGUGAUUCCCUACGGAUGGACUCCCGGCCAGACUUACUGGUCCAAUGUUAACUUCUGA